AAAACAAACUCUGAUUGGUCAGGCCUGAGCUGAAUUCUCCAUUUAUGGACAGAUUGCCCGGUCCGAGCCGAGGCUCAGCCAGAGGAGUACGGAUUAAGUGGCUGGAAAGAGGAGCGAGGUUAGGGAACUAGCUAGAGGCGCGGAGCGCAUCGGACUCACCUAGGCAGCGGCGAGCUCCGGGUCCGAGUGGACUCCUGCGCCCGGCAGCAUGCACCCCGCCUGCUGAGUCGCCCCGGUCUCGACCUCACCUAGCGCCGCCGAUCCCGCCUGGAUGGAGUCCCCUCUGGGUUCCCAUUGGCUCCUGUGAGUGCUUGGGUGUCGGGAGCCUGUUUUUGGCGAGAGGAACCAACUUUUGAAGUUCGCCCAGGAGACUGCGUUCCAGCCCCAGCUCGCCGGCAGCCGGACCCGGCGGAGGCGCGACCGCGGCGCAAGUCACCAUGGGAAGCAAAGGUGCAUACCGGUACCACUGGCAGAGCCACAAUGUCAAGCACAGUGGUGUGGAUGACAUGGUGCUGCUGUCCAAGAUCACGGAGAACUCCAUCGUGGAGAAUCUCAAGAAGAGAUACAUGGACGACUACAUUUUUACAUACAUAGGAUCCGUAUUAAUCUCAGUCAACCCCUUCAAGCAGAUGCCCUACUUCGGGGAAAAAGAAAUUGAAAUGUACCAAGGAGCGGCCCAGUAUGAAAACCCACCGCAUAUCUAUGCCCUUGCAGAUAGUAUGUAUAGAAACAUGAUCAUUGACAGGGAGAACCAGUGCGUCAUCAUCAGUGGCGAAAGUGGUGCUGGAAAGACAGUGGCUGCCAAAUACAUCAUGAGUUACAUCUCCAGAGUGUCUGGAGGGGGCCCCAAAGUCCAGCACGUGAAGGACAUUAUCCUGCAGUCCAACCCGCUGCUGGAGGCCUUCGGGAACGCCAAGACGGUCCGGAACAACAACUCCAGCCGAUUCGGAAAAUACUUUGAAAUCCAGUUCAGUCCAGGUGGGGAACCGGAUGGUGGAAAGAUCUCCAACUUCCUUCUGGAAAAAUCCAGGGUGGUGAUGAGGAACCCGGGAGAGAGGAGUUUUCACAUAUUUUACCAGCUCAUCGAGGGCGCCUCCGCAGAACAGAAGCACAGCCUAGGAAUCACUAGCAUGGACUAUUAUUACUACCUGAGCCUCUCGGGGUCAUACAAGGUUGAUGACAUCGACGACAGGCGGGAGUUUCAGGAAACUCUGCACGCGAUGAAUGUGAUCGGGAUCUUUGCCGAAGAACAGACGCUGGUGUUGCAGAUAGUGGCGGGUGUGCUCCACCUGGGAAACAUCAGCUUCAAAGAAGUUGGGAACUACGCAGCGGUGGAGAGUGAAGAGUUUUUGGCUUUUCCAGCAUAUCUGCUGGGGAUAAACCAGGACCGGCUGAAGGAGAAGCUAACGAGCCGGCAGAUGGACAGCAAGUGGGGAGGCAAGUCAGAGUCCAUCCACGUGACCCUCAAUGUGGAGCAGGCCUGUUACACCAGGGACGCGCUCGCCAAGGCCCUGCACGCCCGGGUCUUUGAUUUCUUGGUAGAUUCCAUCAAUAAAGCCAUGGAGAAGGACCAUGAAGAAUAUAACAUUGGUGUCCUGGACAUCUAUGGCUUUGAAAUAUUCCAGAAAAAUGGCUUCGAACAGUUCUGUAUCAAUUUUGUUAAUGAAAAACUCCAGCAGAUUUUUAUUGAACUGACGUUAAAGGCAGAACAGGAAGAAUAUGUUCAAGAGGGAAUAAGAUGGACCCCUAUUGAGUACUUUAAUAACAAAAUCGUGUGUGACCUCAUAGAGAACAAAGUUAACCCUCCCGGGAUCAUGAGCAUCCUGGAUGAUGUGUGUGCCACAAUGCACGCGGUGGGCGAGGGGGCGGACCAGACGCUGCUGCAGAAACUCCAGAUGCAGAUCGGAAGCCACGAGCACUUCAACAGCUGGAACCAAGGCUUCAUUAUUCACCACUAUGCCGGGAAGGUAUCCUAUGACAUGGAUGGCUUUUGUGAAAGAAACCGUGAUGUGCUUUUUAUGGAUCUGAUUGAGCUGAUGCAGAGCAGUGAGCUACCUUUUAUAAAGUCUUUAUUUCCGGAAAAUCUGCAAGCUGACAAGAAAGGGCGCCCAACUACUGCCGGAAGCAAAAUAAAGAAACAAGCCAACGACCUUGUAAGCACUUUGAUGAAAUGCACACCCCACUACAUUCGCUGCAUAAAACCCAACGAAACCAAGAAGCCCAGAGACUGGGAGGAAAGCAGGGUAAAGCAUCAAGUAGAAUAUCUGGGUCUGAAGGAAAACAUUCGCGUGAGAAGGGCUGGCUAUGCCUAUCGGCGUGUCUUCCAAAAAUUCCUGCAGAGGUAUGCCAUCCUGACCAAAGCCACCUGGCCCUCAUGGCGAGGAGACGAGAAGCAAGGCGUCCUGCACCUGCUGCAGUCCGUCAACAUGGACAGUGAUCAGUUCCAGCUGGGGAGGAGCAAAGUGUUCAUCAAAGCCCCUGAAUCUCUGUUUCUUUUAGAAGAGAUGAGGGAGAGAAAGUAUGACGGAUAUGCUCGAGUGAUACAGAAAUCAUGGAGGAAAUUUGUGGCCCGGAAGAAAUAUGUUCAAAUGAGAGAAGAAGCCUCAGACCUCUUGUUGAACAAGAAGGAGAGAAGGAGAAACAGUAUUAACAGGAACUUUAUCGGGGAUUACAUCGGGAUGGAAGAGCACCCAGAACUCCAGCAGUUUGUGGGCAAGAGGGAGAAGAUCGACUUUGCAGACACUGUCACCAAAUACGACAGGAGGUUCAAGGGUGUAAAGAGAGACCUACUUCUUACCCCAAAGUGCUUGUACUUAAUUGGACGAGAAAAGGUCAAGCAGGGCCCAGACAAAGGCCUUGUGAAGGAAGUCCUGAAGCGGAGGAUCGAGCUGGAGAGACUGUCGGCUGUGUCCCUCAGUGCCAUGCAGGAUGACAUUUUUAUUCUCCAUGAGCAAGAAUAUGACAGUUUGUUGGAAUCGGUCUUCAAAACUGAAUUCUUAAGCCUCUUAGCAAAGCGUUAUGAGGAAAAAACCCAGAAGCAACUACCUCUGAAAUUCAGCAAUACGCUGGAGCUGAAGUUGAAAAAGGAAAACUGGGGUCCCUGGAGUGCAGGGGGUUCCCGGCAAGUGCAGUUCCACCAAGGCUUUGGGGACCAGGCUAUCCUCAAGCCCAGUAACAAAGUGCUGCAGGUCAGCAUCGGACCCGGGCUGCCCAAGAACUCCCGCCCUACCAGAAGGAACGCCUCCCAAAACAGAGGGUAUUCCAGUGGGACUCAAAAUGCCAACUACCCAAUGAGAGCUGCCCCUCCUCCCCCAGGAUACCAUCAGAAUGGAGUGAUCAAAAACCAGUUUGUGCCACAGCCUCAUGCUCCUGGAAACCAGAGGUCCAACCAGAGAAGCCUGUACACCUCCAUGGUUCGCCCACCCUUGCCACGACAACAGUCCACUGGUUCGGACCGAGUGUCACAGACACCAGAGAGCCUGGAUUUCCUCAAGGUCCCUGACCAGGGAGCUGCGGGCGUCCGGAGACAAACGACCAGUCGGCCUCCCCCAGCAGGGGGCAGACCCAAACCCCAGCCCAAGCCUAAGCCUCAGGUGCCACAGUGCAAGGCUUUGUAUGCCUAUGAUGCUCAGGACACAGAUGAACUCAGCUUCAAUGCCAAUGACAUUAUCGAUAUUAUCAAAGAAGAUCCGUCUGGCUGGUGGACGGGUCGACUACGAGGCAAACAGGGCCUGUUCCCCAACAACUACGUGACCAAGAUCUGAGGCACCCAGAGACUGAUGCAUGGGGUGGAGGAGCUCCAGGCGCAGACAGGGGAGGGACCAUUUGGGGGCUCCCCUUCCUAUCCACAGUGAGCAAUUGCUUCUCCAAAGCUUGGAGCUAUUCUGGCACCUUCCCCGUGGAGGACAUGCUAAAGUCUGGGUUGGGGACUGGGCUUGUGUAGCCCAGGAGCGCCCACUGACCACGUGCUCCAGGGCUGGUGGGUUCAAACCCAACCCGGGCCUGCUUAAAAAAAAAAAUAGUCUGCGUUGGGGACAGAGAGUGUCGCUCCAUAAAUGAUACUCAAAGGUAGCCUAUUCAUAGUAACCCAGGAGGGCAAAACAACCACCAAGAUUUAUUUAUUGUAUUUAAACCUGGUGAGAGGACAAGCGAGGUCUGCCCAGACCUUGUUGGCUUCUAUCAAAACAGUCCCCUGCCUGCUCACCAGUCCCGGGAAACGGCUGGAGGCGGCCGCUGACAAGUGCCUUUAGUUGAAGAGCACAUUUCUUUUGUCCCUUUUGUCCAUGCCUGACACACAUUCCUCUUGGCCACCUUCCCUCAGGGAGGACCCUCCCUCUGCAGGCUGGGCUCAGCGUGAGUGGCACGUCCCGUGCAGAUGCCAACCCGGGCUGGCCCGCUGAGCCUGCGGCAGAGGGGCACUGGUUUACACUUCGCCCGGACCACAGGGCCGCUGAGCAGGACAGGGACCGGGGUUGGGCUGUUGGCCUUGCUUUCUCUGGGUCUUCAAUUGGAAUGUGGCUGGCCCAUGUUGGUUUUGUGUUUAAAUGCUGUACUUAUUCCAAGAAGGAUCUCUUUUCUUCAAGCUGUACAUUUAUAAAAACAGAUCAUAUACUGUAUAUACAAAAAUUUCAAGAUGGUAGAAACAUGUAUGAAUGUACUGAGUAGUAUCCCACUGUACUCGUCCAUAAGGUAGGUUUUAUUACAAAACUCACACCAGGUACUUACAAGUGUGCCCUGCUCCUUUCCAACUACAGAAACAGUGUCACUGCUUUCUGGCUCAGUCCCUGCAGACCCUUCUCAACCUUCUCCCUAUAGGUCAUUUUCCUCUGAUCCGCCUGCACACCCUCCCCCACCUCUCAGAUAAAUAAAGGAAUCAGUGAACCAC